AUGCCAAUUUCAGUUACACUUCAAAGGAGCCUGGAUGAUGCCAUUGCGGCAGAAAACUUUUACGAAGCCCAUCAAAUUUACUUGACCAUAAUCAAUAGGCUUAUAAAGCAAGCAAGCUAUGAUGAGGCUGCAACCGUGAUCUCUCAAGGGGCCAAAUGGCUUUUUGAAUCCGGCCAAUCCAAAAGCGCCCUUGACUUGGCAUCAAAGCUUUUUGAAAUGCUCAAGGAACCUUGGCUGGAUGUAGAAUAUGCAGAAAGAAUCAAAACAGUCCUUUCGACGCUCCCUUUGAACCAUUCCGGUGUUCGUGCUCUUGUCGCCCAGCUCUUCAAGUAG